AUGGAAUCCGCCCCUGAAGCGGGACCCAGAUCAGCAAUGGGCACGCAUCAACCAGCCGCCCCUCCGCCAAUGGAUUUCCCCCUCCUCAGCUUCUUCAGAGCGAUUAGAGCCGACCCGAACAGGGGAACCGAAACAGGAACCCUGGACCUUGACGCGACAACAGACAGUUUGAUCCUCCAACUCAUAGAAAGCUACCAAUGA